UAAAGAAUGUUUUAUAUAUCGAGUCGUAAAGCAGAGUUCAAUAGUUGCAACAUAGUUUCGUGUACAGUGAGAGCUCCAAAACUACGACUUUUGAGGACAGUCGGAAAAAAUAGGUGUUUGCUAGCCAGCUCUUCCUUCUACGGUAUAUGGGCGAGUGAAGAUCACGGGCUUGUUGACGAUUGUAUGAGAAGGUAAAACAUUGUGCUCAUUCUACAUAUACACGGACAUUACCCGACUCUGGAUUAUGCUUCACACUUACAAUUAUUACACAGGGCGAUAUAUUGCGCCUCUCAAAAUCAGCUAGGUUACGAUUUAAAAUACUUUUCACUGGCAAUCAUGGCAGGAGUUAACAGCAAACUGCCCGGGCUAAUUGUUCGACGACAAUCGGUUGUAAAGGACAACAGUAUACGUAGCAGCAUUGUUGUUAUUGGGAACAAUAACGAUCAUUACCUGGUCUCAGGACAACGAAAACUCGACAGGGACAUCUAUAAAGAAAAUGAUAGUCUUCGAUUAGCGCCGAUCUGCGCAUGUCCAUGCAACCUGCCCAUCUGUAAAGAGAGACGUGCGGUACAAUCUUCUGAGAGAUACAUACAGGAAGAUGGUUAUGAGUGUCUAACACCAGAAGGUUAUUGUAACAUGUGCCUUUCCAGUGCUGACCAGAGAUACGUUGAGCUGAAAUACAAGACACCUGAGAAAAGAAUGCGUACGUUCAGAAGCGAUGAGCGUUGCAAUGAUGACAGUUUCAGCCGGAGGUUAGCUAAUGCUGGCUUCUACGUAACACCAGUAGUUGACAGUCAAGGUCAUCCUGUCAGUCUAUCAUGCUUUCAAUGUCCUAUUAGACGGAGGAUGCUGGACAAGAAAAGUGAUCCGUUCCGUGAACAUGCGCGAUGGUUUCCUACUUGCGCUUAUGUCAUCCACCAAAAGGGAACGGAAUUCAUUCACAGUGUCCUACAGGAUACAAGAAAGAUACAGCAGGAACACGAUGAGAGGGGGAAUUCCAGCCAAAUGACGGUGGCUCGUAGAGGAGACCUGGAUUGAAUUUGAGGCUGUUAAUAACUGAAACCCGGUUUAUGAUUAGUGGAGACGUGAGGCGAGUGGACCAUGGACUACAUCAAGUCCCUAUUCUUUAACAUUGUAUUGUACUACAUAGUAAUCAUAUCAUCAAUAUUUACGCUAAAAUGUAUCAUUUAACAUUUAAAAGCAUGCAGAAAAUUAUGAUGCACGUAAUGUAAUCAUUAUAGAAAAGGGAGAAGGUAUUUCUAUACAUGUUUAACUAACAAACAUAUGUAUAUCUAUAGGCUUGUGUACAUUUUGGGACUCACCUGUGGUACUUCAGGCAAAAAA